UCGGCCACCGAACCAGAGCUGCAGGGCCCAAGCCGGGCUAAGUUCGUUGCCGGUGGCCUCUGCGGGUGCAACCACAAAGGGUAAUCCGAAGGAGUGGGGGGGCUCGCGAAGUCGAUGCUUCCUCUUCCAAUUCAGAUCGGCUCCCGUUACCUUCUCACCAUUCGCCGUUGCUAUCUUCCUGAGCGUUUGCAUGAGCUCUUUCGUCUGGGGAGGCUCCGGUGACCAUGUAGGGGGGAAAAGUGAGGAAGCUCCAGGUGCCUGGGACUAGGUCACCGCUGUUGGCACGCUGCCCCGGCUCCCCCCACAUCUCCAUUGCGGGCCGGUGGCCCCGUCAGCCCAGGUGGAAACUCCGGCCUGCAGUUGUGGCCUGGCAAGGAGCGCCACGAAAUCUCGCGCCGUCUCGCGAGAGUCUAAGUUGAAGGAACAUGGCGACGUCUAAUCUGUUAAAGAAUAAAGGUUCUCUUCAGUUUGAAGACAAAUGGGACUUCAUGCGUCCAAUUGUUUUGAAGCUUUUACGCCAGGAAUCUGUUACAAAACAGCAGUGGUUUGAUCUGUUUUCGGAUGUACAUGCAGUCUGUCUCUGGGAUGAUAAAGGCCCAGCAAAAAUUCAUCAGGCUUUAAAAGAAGAUAUUCUUGAGUUUAUUAAGCAAGCACAGGCACGAGUACUGAGCCAUCAAGAUGAUACAGCUUUGCUAAAAGCUUAUAUUGUUGAAUGGCGAAAAUUCUUCACACAGUGUGAUAUUUUACCGAAGCCUUUCUGUCAACUAGAGAUUACUUUAAUGGGUAAACAGGGCAGCAAUAAAAAAUCAAAUGUAGAAGACAGUAUUGUUCGAAAGCUCAUGCUUGAUACAUGGAAUGAGUCAAUCUUUUCAAAUAUAAAAAACAGACUUCAAGAUAGUGCAAUGAAGCUGGUACAUGCUGAAAGAUUAGGAGAAGCUUUUGAUUCUCAGCUUGUCAUUGGAGUAAGAGAAUCCUAUGUUAACCUUUGUUCUAAUCCAGAGGAUAAGCUUCAAAUUUAUAGGGACAAUUUUGAGAAGGCAUACUUGGAUUCAACAGAGAGAUUUUAUAGAACACAGGCACCUUCGUAUUUACAACAAAAUGGUGUACAGAAUUAUAUGAAAUAUGCAGAUGCUAAAUUAAAAGAAGAAGAAAAACGAGCCCUACGUUAUUUAGAAACAAGGCGAGAAUGUAACUCCGUUGAAGCACUCAUGGAAUGCUGUGUAAAUGCCCUGGUGACAUCCUUUAAAGAGACUAUCUUAGCAGAGUGCCAAGGCAUGAUCAAGAGAAAUGAAACUGAAAAAUUACAUUUGAUGUUUUCAUUAAUGGACAAAGUUCCUAAUGGGAUAGAGCCAAUGUUGAAAGACUUGGAGGAACAUAUCAUCAGUGCAGGCCUGGCAGAUAUGGUAGCAGCUGCUGAAACUAUUACUACUGACUCUGAGAAAUAUGUUGAGCAGUUACUUACACUGUUUAAUAGAUUUAGUAGACUUGUCAAAGAAGCUUUUCAAGAUGAUCCACGAUUUCUUACUGCAAGAGACAAGGCAUAUAAAGCAGUUGUUAAUGAUGCUACCAUAUUUAAACUUGAAUUACCUUUGAAGCAGAAAGGGGUGGGAUUAAAAACUCAGCCUGAAUCAAAAUGCCCUGAGCUGCUUGCCAAUUACUGUGACAUGUUGCUAAGAAAAACGCCAUUAAGCAAAAAACUAACCUCUGAAGAGAUUGAAGCAAAGCUUAAAGAAGUGCUCUUGGUACUUAAAUAUGUACAAAACAAAGACGUUUUUAUGAGAUAUCACAAAGCUCAUUUGACACGACGUCUUAUAUUAGACAUCUCUGCUGAUAGUGAAAUUGAAGAGAAUAUGGUAGAGUGGCUAAGAGAAGUUGGUAUGCCAGCAGAUUAUGUAAACAAGCUUGCUAGAAUGUUUCAGGACAUUAAAGUAUCUGAAGAUUUGAACCAAGCUUUUAAGGAAAUGCACAAAAAUAAUAAAUUGGCUUUACCAGCUGAUUCAGUUAAUAUAAAAAUUCUGAAUGCUGGUGCUUGGUCAAGAAGCUCUGAAAAAGUCUUUGUCUCACUUCCUACUGAACUGGAGGAUUUGAUACCCGAAGUAGAAGAAUUCUACAAAAAAAACCAUAGUGGUAGAAAAUUACAUUGGCAUCAUCUCAUGUCAAAUGGAAUUAUAACGUUUAAGAAUGAAGUAGGUCAAUAUGAUUUGGAGGUAACAACAUUUCAGCUGGCUGUAUUGUUUGCAUGGAACCAAAGACCCAGAGAGAAAAUCAGCUUUGAAAAUCUAAAACUUGCAACUGAACUCCCUGAUGCUGAGCUUAGAAGAACUUUAUGGUCUUUAGUAGCUUUCCCAAAGCUCAAACGGCAAGUUUUAUUGUAUGAACCUCAAGUCAACUCACCCAAAGACUUUACAGAAGGUACCCUCUUCUCAGUGAACCAGGAGUUCAGUUUAAUAAAAAAUGCAAAAGUUCAGAAAAGGGGUAAAAUCAACUUGAUUGGACGCUUGCAGCUCACUACAGAAAGGAUGAGAGAAGAAGAGAAUGAAGGAAUAGUUCAACUAAGAAUACUGAGAACCCAGGAAGCUAUCAUACAAAUAAUGAAGAUGAGAAAGAAAAUUAGUAAUGCUCAGCUGCAGACUGAAUUAGUAGAAAUUUUGAAAAACAUGUUCUUGCCACAAAAGAAAAUGAUAAAAGAGCAAAUAGAAUGGCUAAUAGAGCACAAAUACAUCAGAAGAGAUGAAUCUGAUAUCAACACUUUCAUAUAUAUGGCAUAAUUUUGAAUAUCAUGGACAGUAUUAAGAACCAAAAUUUUGGAGUGCUUGGGCAGAAAGUUCUUGCAGUUUGUGCUAGAGGAAGGUUUAUUUGGACUUUGAUUACAUAAAUAUUAAAAUCUCUGCCUUACCUAACAAAACAACUAUAUUUUGCCAAUCACAUUAGUUAGCAUGGUGGCAUUCCCUUCAUGUUGCACACUCUGUUUUAACAGCAUGCCGUUUUGUGGAGAAACUUGCAUUCAUGAAGAGCCCAUAAUGAACUUUUAAAAAUCUGAUUUAUACCCACCGGAAGAAAUACAGUUGGGAAGGGUGAAAGUGGGGUUCUUGUUGCUUUUUUUUUUCCUUUUUUUUUUUCUUUUUUUCCUCUCUUACAAAAAUGUACUUGCACAAGGAAGGAUCUUCAGAUGUUUGUGUGCUGAAAAAUGCUGUUACGUUUUGUUUUAAAAAAUGCAAUUAAAACUAGAAAUAGCACUCUUGGUUUCUUUUGAUCAAAAGAGUGAGCUGGUCUACACAACAUUGGGACAGGGCAGAUAUAGGUGAAAAGAUAAGUUUAUAAUAGUAUCAAAUUAUAUGUUCAAACACUGCUUCAGUAUAGCAGCUGGAUUUUAGUGGUGACUUAAAAAUGGUAUUAAAUUUUUCCAGCUAAAAAAUGUUGGCUUUCUUUAAGCAGGAGACUACUGUCUUAGUUGUUUAUUGUUAAAUGAUGAAGAGUUUUUUAAAUCUUACAUGGCUAAGAGAGCUUGUUUUGAAAAAGUGAAGCUCAUAUUAAUUAUUAUUUUAAUUGUUUAAAAAAAUGUAUGGAGAUAGGUUGGUCGAUUGCAGAGUCAAAACAGCAAAAUAAGCAUUUUAAGUGUUUACUAAGACACUUAAUAUUUAUAUACUUAAUAUUUAUUAUGCCAUAUUCAAAUUUAUUAAAAACAAGACAGAAAUCUCCUGCUUUAAUAUAAUACAGUUAUGUAACUGACCUCUUAAUCUGUAGCAUAGAAAUAUUUUGAAAUUUUAAAGUCUCAUGAUUAGGGAUUUAUAACCUCAGGUUUCUGGAAAGGAAGACAUUCUGUUUUAAAAAGUAAUAAUUAGGUAUCAGUCACCUAGGAGGAAGAGAAAAACCACAACAUAGACCUGAAAAGCAUAAGCAAAAUUGUUGCAAUCUUAAUAUGAGCAGUAAACUUGCCAAAUAUAUGUAUAUAUAUAUUUAUAUAUUUUAAAAAUAAGCAUUUAAAAAAUGUUCAGAAGGCAACACUUACCUUGUUCCUUUUAGUCAAUCCAAAGUAGCAACUUACUAGUUGCUGGCAACUGAAUACCCAGAGUAAUGGAGAUUUUAGGACUUGAGGACAUGAACAACUUAAAAGAGAAAAACUUACUCCCCUUUGGGAAAGAAUGGCUCAACAUGGAUUUUAUUCAUUGUGGUGCACAUUUCAAAUUUUCUUGCAAAUUAUUUUAUAUUUUAUUUGAUAUUAAGUAAUAUUUUAAAUUAUUUUGAUGAUAGUAGGAAAUGGAGUGCCAGAGUGUUGAAAGGCGUACAGUAUUAUUACAGAGUGCUUUCAAGAGCAUUUCAUGGAACCUGUCCCCAAUCCCAAGAGACUUUGUGAGCUGCCUGCUGAAAGGAAGGACAGCAAAUUUAAAACAUUUUAAAGGUUUUGCUGCUAUAGUCAAAGGCCUAUUCUGAAACUCAUAAGAAAUUGGAAUUUUGUUUCUAAUUUAAAAUCUUACGUUUGAGCUCUAAGGUAGCAUAUGUCAGUUAUUAGACCAAGCAUAUUGUGAAGAUUAAACUAAAUUAGCACUCACUGUUUUCUCUAAUUAGAUGACUGUUAACAAUGGAUAAAUUCAAAAUUUUUAAAAACUGAUAAUUUGGUAAUAAUUGUGGCCCUUAUGUUUAAUAAAUAGUUUGGUAUUGGCAUAUUUACUUAUCUGAUAAAAGAGCGCCAAAGGAGGAAGCAAUGGAAAGAAAAAUUACAGGCCAUUUCUUAAAGUUUAAGAUUUGUUGUUGUUUUAAACCAGAAUAGUUCUCAGAACUUUUUUUGGAAUUUCUAAUCUUUUUUUAGUCAUUUAAGAAUGAGAGCCAUGAUGUUUUGAUUUACAAAGGCAAAUUUAAUGCAAAAGUGGGUAACUCUAAAUCCAUAGCAAAGUUUUCUAAUAAUUUUAUAAAUUUUUAAAUUGCUAAUUAUGUCCUAAUUGUAUUUUGGGGAAUAGAACAGCAACAAAUACUGUAGACUUACAGUUUUCAUCAUUUUGUUCAUUAUGUAUACAAAAGUAUAUCUGACUACUUUUUGGUGUUUAUGAAAACCGUUUAGUUGACAAGGUGCCUAUACCAUUGUUGAAUUUUCUUUAAAUAUAUUUUGACAACAGAUUUGCUAAUUAAAAAAAAAAAAAGGAUCUGGAAAAAAAA